AUGCACCGGAAUGAACGAGGAAGACAUAACUCUGCUGCGCGCAGCCUGAAACAUCUGCAGCAGACUCAGAAAAAACUUUUGGCAGCAAGAUGUAUAUUGAGGCAGCUUGACCGCCAGCAUGGUCAUACUGAAGAGUACUUCAAGAAUCAAUGCGAGCGUAAGAAGGCAAUACAAAGUCAAACCAUCAGCCAAAGCAGCGCCGAUUACUUGGAACAUGUGGCUGAACUCGUUGAUUUGGAGGAGCAGCUAGUGGCUGCUCAGGACAAGCUGGAAACCAUGGACAAGAAUAAACGGUCUAGGCGACGCCGUCGAAAGCAUAGACAUGCUAGCGGUGGUCCUAAUACCUUGGUGUUGCUUGAAAAAGCCAUUGAGUGUGUUACUGAGAAGCUUGGAGAUGCCGAGUUAUGUGAACUCACUGGUACAUCAGGUGCUUCCAAUGUUGAGCGCUAUGCUCGAGCAAAACCUCUAGUUAAAAUCCGUGUUGCAAAAGGAAAGCUACUUGGUGCAAAGGUGGGAGUUAUUGAGCAUAGAAGGAGAGCCAGUCACGCUCGAGGUACUAAUGUUCAAAAAAAGAUGAAUACUUUGCGACUACUGAAGAAUACUAAGCUACGACAAAAGCAUGCUACAUAUAUCAGACUUGCCAAGCAAUACAAUGAGCAGUUUGCACCUGACCCAUCACUGGCCACCCCUACUCUUUAA